CACCAGUCAGGGCAGACGGGCAGUGGAGCAAAAAGAUUCAUCCCCACUUAACAUGUCAAUCAGGAUUAAUGCCCUGCCAAACCUCCCCUUUAGGUUGAUCCAGGUCCUCCUGGACUCAGGCGCUAAUAUAUAUAAGGCACGAGCAGCGGGAGCGGCGGCAGCACGAGACGAGCAGCUCGGCAGAGACGCGGCGCGCGCGGAGCGGAGUGGAGUCUGGACUUUCCACCACUCGAUCGCAGCCUGACAGCAGAAAUGAGCGAUCACUCACUGCUUUCCAGAGCCUGACGGACUGAGAUGUCAGAGCUGCUCGGAGUCAUAUAGCUCGCGCCUGAGUUCGGAUUACUUUCCUCAUGCAACCUUCCCUGGAGCUGCAGAUCACGCUGUUUGCAUGCGGAUAAAAAAAAAAAAACUUGCAAGGAGUCCAGAAGUAGUUGUCUCUACACUUUUUUUUUUUUUUAAUCUGGAGGAGGACAUCAGUUGUGCAACGUGAAACUUGCAGCCUGAGACAUUGUAUCUGUCGGCUUUCCGAGAUGGAGCUGAAGAGUGUGUGUCGCAUGCUUCUUUUCCCCGUGCAGAUACUGUAUUAUGUGCUGAGAGCAACUUUUCAGUCCCUGCUGCCGAGCAGGAGGAAGGACCUGAGCAGGGAGGUGGUGUUGAUCACCGGCGGAGGACGAGGCAUCGGCAGACACCUGGCCGCGGAGUUUGCCAAGCAGGGAGCCAGGAAGGUGAUUCUGUGGGGCAGAACAGAAAAGUGCCUCAAGGAGACAGCCGAAGAAAUCUCCCUCUCUGGAACGGAGUGCCAUUACUUCCUAUGCGACGUGGCCAAUCGGGAGGAAGUUUACAAGCAAGCCAAGGUGGUGAGAGAAAAGGUGGGAGAUGUUACGAUAUUAGUGAACAACGCAGCGGUCGUUCAUGGUAAAAGUCUGAUGGACAGCGACGACGACGCCCUCCUGAAAUCCCAACAUAUCAACACCAUGGGACAGUUCUGGACAACAAAAGCCUUCCUGCCUCGAAUGCUGGAGCUUCAACACGGCCACGUCGUCUGCAUUAAUUCCAUCCUGUCCCAGUCGCCCAUCCCCGGGGCCAUAGACUACUGCACCUCCAAGGCCUCGUCGCUGGCGUUCAUGGAGAGCCUGACGCUGGGCCUGCUGGACUGCCCCGGCGUCAGCUGCACCACCGUGCUGCCCUUCCACACCAACACAGAGAUGUUCCAGGGCAUGAGAGUCAGGUUUCCUCAGCUCUUUCCACCCCUCAAACCGGAGGUAGUUGCUCAGAGGACCGUGGAAGCAGUCAGAUCUAACAGGGCCUUCCUCUACCUGCCCUGGACGAUGCACGCUCUGGUCAUUCUCAAAAGCUUCAUGCCACAGGUUGCGCUUGAAGAAAUCCACAAGUUCUCUGGGAGUUAUACCUGCAUGAACACGUUCAAAGGGAGGACAUGAGGCCGGAUUGUGCACCGUAUGAGAGCAAGCUGGACAGCUCAGGUGUGAUGAAGGGAAGAACGGACCUAAAGACGUCUGAACGUGACGAGGCCCUGUAAUACCGUGGACACAAAUACUUAGGGGACAUGCAAGGGUGUUGCUUCUGCAGCUAGAAUGAAUUGAUGAACUGUACGAUACAUUCUGCUCGUGUGUGUGUGUGUGUUUGUGUGUGUGUGUGUACGUGCGCGCGUGGAUUUGUGUGUAGUAUUGAGGACUGAACGCCACUCUCACUCUGAACAGAAGCCAUGCAUAGGUCUGUAUUAGUAGUUAUUCCGGAAGUUUGUUGUGAACUCAUUUUAGUUUGUUUUUACAGUUUUUUUUUUUUUUUUUGUUUUGUUUUUUAAUUCUCUUUUUAAAGUGUCUUUAAAUCAAAACAAGAUAAUAAAGUGGAGUUUUAGAAUUGCACUGUCUCCCUUUGUGGAUGAUAUAAAUAGAGAGGGUGCACGCUGGGGAGGCGCACGCUGUUUUGAUGUCUGGGUUUCGGCUCCCAUGGCAGUGUGUGAUAAUACCUUUUGAUUUAUUCCAAGCAUGACAUCAACCACUGUGACAGACAAUGUUGUCUCAACAUAAAACACACUCUCGGGGGCAUGUGGGGCAUUCUCCUGCUUGUGCUGUGCCGUCACAAUACGGCGCAGGGGGAUCGCGUAA